UUAUUUUCAGGUUCCAUUAACCGAAGCAGGUUGGCGACGAUCCCCCGAUGGCCAAGCUAUAACCCGAGAAAUUUUUCUAAUGGCUUUAGCUGAUUUGGAAGCUGUUUUGGUUAAAAUAAGCUGUACAAGUGAUUGUGCUUCUUCCUCUCUUUUGACUGUUAAUAUGGAAACUGCUGAUGCUUAUGGAACUGGGGAACUGGCUUUGGAUGUUGAGCACUGCCAAUGCCCUCCUGGCUAUCAAGGAACAUCAUGCGAGGUAAAUGACUCAAACUCCCUAGCUUAUCCCAGACUAGUGAUGCAAAAGUUCCAAUUCAGGAACAGGAACCGUGGAACCGGUAAGGUCUGA